UAUAGUAGCACCAUUUCGCCGUACUGCUUGAAACAGUCAGCCCACAGUCUGACCAGACAGAUUAACCAUAAUCAUUAAAUACAGAUAUAUUAUUUAAUCUAAUAUCAGAACACAAUAAGUGUCAUUAACACUGGAUAUUCUUUGUUACAAAUCAAGCCCUAUGGAAUAUAUAUUUUUCUGUUUAUUACAGCACUGAGCAGCAGUUUCCUGAUUGGCAGGCAGCAGUGGCAGGGAUCAGAGGUCAACCUGACAGGCCAAGGGCAACCUUGCCAUUCCUGCGGAGAGCGUUGCCCCGGGUUCCUUGCACACAGGUGGAGGUUUCCUGUUGUUAAGGUGGAACGAAGGUGUCCUGGAACAUCAGUAUGACUUCCUAGGGCCCAUCAGAUGACCUGACAUAUAGGACCCACUCUUCAACUAUUAGCUGUAGAUAAUGCACCAUUAGACCUAAAAUGUGAAUAAGAACAGUCUGAUCAGAAUGAGUGGGGCCCAAUUGGGUCUGGGGCCAUCGGGAGUUCCUCUGUGAGCAAGUCUGUCCCUGAGGCACUAUCUCCAAGGAGCACUAUCAUCCCACUCUCCAAAAUACAUGAAAAUCUGCCAACAUUGCCAGUGCCCAUGGGAGGAACAUGGCCAUACAGCAUCCAAUCAGGAUUUAGAACGCUCCUUGUGUCGCCUGGUCUCCGGCUCUCAGAGGGACUCUUUGUGCGACAGCGGCUCGGAUAGCUCCUUAGAAAAAUAUGCAUGGGCACCCUCUGGUCUAAAUCCCAUGCAGGUUCACCAGUUCUUCAAGUGUUUCCCAGAGAAGAAGAUCCCCUACAUCAGCAGCCCUGGGGAGAGAUAUAGGUUGAAGCAACUUCUCCAUCAGCUGCCCCCACAUGAUAGCGAAACGUGGUGCUGCUGUUUGUUCUGUGCCAGGCCCAGUACUGCUGUUAGUUGUAAGCUGGUCCUGUCCCAGGCCCGGUACUGCUGCUCUUUGCAGGGAGAGGAGGAGGAGGAGCUGCUGGUACUCUUCAGUCAGAAGCGGAGACUUGAGAACCUGGGUCGUGGGUGUGUGCGUCCAGUCUCUGGCACCAUGAGCGGAACAGUUUGUCAACAGUGCGGCCAUCAAAUAAGUGUGGGUGAUGUUGCAGUAUUUGCAUCCCGGGCAGGGCUGGGCUUCUGCUGGCACCCACAGUGCUUCACUUGUGCCCAGUGCUUGGAGCUUCUAUGUGACCUCAUCUACUUCUACCAAGAUGGGAAAGUGUAUUGUGGGCGCCACCAUGCCGAGCUGAAACGACCCAGAUGCUUGGCAUGUGAUGAGGUAAUAUUCUCUCUGGAGUGCACUCAGGCAGAGGGUUUCCAUUGGCACACAAGACACUUCUGCUGCUUUGAGUGUGAAUGCCCGCUUGGAGGACAUCGUUAUAUAAUGAAGGACCAACGCCCAUUCUGCUGUUCUUGCUAUGACAGACUCUACGCCCAGUACUGUGACAGCUGUGGGGAAUGCAUUGAUGGGCUCUUUCUUUUAGGUAUAGAUGAAGGACAGCUUACCUAUGGAGGACAACACUGGCAUGCUUCAGAGAGCUGCUUCUGCUGUGGCAGGUGUGGGGUAUGCCUGCUGGGCAGACCUUUCCUACCUCGCCAAGGGCAAAUUUACUGCUCCCGGAGCUGCAGCAUCUUGCACACCAAGCCUGAACGUUCUUUCAGCCCCUUGCAGACAGAGUUAUCCUUGCAGAAAGAGACCAAAGAUGUGGGCACUUCCACUAACCAUGACAUAGAGGGAGACAGUAUUAAUGACUGCACCUUGGGUGGCAGCAGAAGGUCUUUGUCUGUAAUCGACCAGGUUCCAACAUCUCGGGGUGCCCCAAUACGCUCUUUGCACUCCAGUUUAAGGGGUGCGCCCAGAGAAUUUUCUCGGGAAUCCCCCAACAGACGAUCGCUACCUGACCUAAGCAGUCACACGAGGACACCUACCAGAGUCACCUUCCAGAUUCCACUCAGUUCAGAGAUAAAGGAGUCUGUGUCUUUGUCCCGUCCAUCUUUCACUUCAUCCUCCUCAUCUUCUGAUGAAGAGGAAGGUUAUUUUUUAGGUGAACCUAUUCCCUUGCCCCCCUUCCUUAGACCACCUGGAUACACUGCAUCCCCUAGUCAUGCUCCCACCUCCACUUCAAAGAAAAAGAAGAAAGACAAAAGUUGCUUUCUCUCAUAAACCAAAUAAAAAACAUGGCAACAAGCGCCUAUAAGGACUUCUGAUACGGAACCGGACUUGGAUCACUAUGUCUUAUGUUUACAUCCCAGUUCAGACAAUUUCUUCUACAGGUUAAUGGUGCUAUAUUUAAUAAAUGCAAAAAACGUCAAAGCUAAAAUAUAUGUUUUAAUGUUAAUGCUCCAUAUCAGGGAAGAACCUAGGGUAUCUUGUAUCUACUGGUAAGUACAAGCUCCAGUCAUUUUUUUUUUUCUCAUAGAGACACUAAGAUCUCUUUGCUGAGGCAUCUUUACUAGUGGAGGAGGACUUCUGGCCAAUUAGAGCUGCUCAACUCAACAGUAAUUGGGUUUGUUUGUCUAACCAUUUAUCAAGGGCCCACUCACACCCAUGCCAAUGAUCAGCUUGGUCCAAUCAACAAUCUCUUUGUGUGGCUGGCUUUAUACAGGUCCAGGCAGGGUUGUAAAAUCACACCAGCAAUAUAAGUAUACUAUCAAAGCUAACUAUUAGUAGGGCCAUUCCCACUAAUAGUCAAAUCUUUGGGGGCCUUGCAGAGCAACAAUGGGCUGCUACACAAUAAUAGAAUGGUAUAUAGUAAAUAUAACAAGGACACUUCAUGUAAUGCGCCAAUGUCAGCUAUUUCUGACCAAUAACUCUCCCCAUCUGCCAAUGGCAGGGGGACGACUCUGGAAACUGUAGAUCAAUCAGAGCUGGGGAGUCAUAGGUUGUGUUAAAGCAGGGAUCCCCAACCUUUUCUUUACUUGUGAGCCGCACUCAGAUGUAAAGCUUAUUGCUGAGCAACAAAAGCAUGAAAAAACUUUUUGCCAAAGGCCGUUUGGCUAUUUGGCAGCCCCAUGUGGACUGCUAACCUGCAGGAGGCUCUUUGCUCUUUAAGGAAAACUAUGUUUCUGUGCUUCCAAAAGUUGUCUCCAUGCCAGAUAUUUAAAAAAUGUAUCAAAGUAAUAAAAAUAUAAUGCACUGUUGUCA